AUGAAUAUGAGCACUACUAGCUUUGGGCUCUGCCUGUUUCUAUUGAUAACCUCCUUUAUCUCAGCUCACACAAAUGACACCAUUUUCACUUCCCAAAUACUGAGAGAUAACCAUAAUGACACUCUCAUCUCAUCAACUGGAGCCUUUGCAUUGGGUUUUUAUAGCCCGGGGAGCUCCAAGAAUCGGUACGUGGGCAUAUGGUACAACAACAUUCAAGACAAGACAGUGGUGUGGGUUGCCAACAGAGACGAUCCUCUCACCGAUCGAUCAGGUGUGCUCCGAGUCAUUGAGCCCGGCCAUCUGCUCCUUCUCAACAGUGCUACCAAUGCUACUGUUUGGUCUGCUAAUAUAUCAAGCAUUGUGAACGCUCCACUCGUGCGUUUACUUGACUCGGGGAAUCUCGUUGUGGUGGAUGCAAACAAUCAGAGCAGUAUAAUAUGGCAGAGUUUCGACUAUCCAACUGACACUUUCUUACCAGGCAUGAAGCUUGGUAAGAACUUUGUGUCCGGACAUCGAGUCUACCUCUCGUCCGCUAAGAGCAAUGAUGAUCCGGGAACAGGUGGUUUUACAUAUCAGAUUGAUCCUAGUGGCUAUCCACAGAGUGUGAUCAAAGACGGUGCUAUAGUCCGGUGUAAAUCAGGGCCGUGGAAUGGUGUUCGCUUCAGCGGAAGUCACAACUUGGUGAAGAACAUCAUUUUCACGUUUGGAUUGGUUAUAAACAAGGAUCAAGUGUACUAUCACUACACCCUCCUCAACGAAUCCGUAUACAUGAGGUUUAAGCUUAGCGAGAGCGGUGAAGGGCAGAGGUGGCUCUGGUCUUACCAGACACAAAACUGGUUACUCUAUCAUACCAUUCCUACUGAUAACUGUGACAUUUAUGGUGUGUGUGGUGCAUACGGUGUUUGUAACGCCAAAACUUCGCCUUAUUGUACCUGCUUGAGUAAAUUCGAGCCCAAGUAUCCUAGUGGUUUGGGUGCUGAUGAUUUUUCGAAUGGUUGUGUUCGAAGAUCCCCAUUGAACUGCCUAGAAGGCGAUGGGUUUCUCAAGUACUCUGGUGUCAAAUUACCAGACACAGAGCAUUCAUGGUCUAAUGCAAGUAUGAGUCUUGAUGAAUGCAGGGUAGCAUGCUCGAAAAACUGCUCGUGCACAGCAUAUGCGAGUUUGAAUAUAAGCAACGGCGAAAGUGGAUGUCUACUAUGGUUUGGUGAACUUGUCAACAUGAGAGAGAUAUCUCCUGGACAAGAUAUCUACAUCAGAAUGGCUAAAUCUGAAUUGGAGGUGGGAAGUAGGAAACGAGAAAUACUAAUCGUGACAUUGUCCGUGGUAAUUGCGAUUGUGCUGCUUGGCCUGAGCCUCAAGUUGUUGUAUUCUCUGAAAAGUGAUCAUCAACUGCAAGAGAGUAGCGGGCUUAGAAGAAACUAUCAUCGCCAUCAAAGUCGCGAGGACAUGGAUCUACCAAUGUUGGACUUCUCCUCUAUAACCAAAGCUACUGAUAAUUUUUCGGUCGACAAUAAGCUUGGAGAGGGAGGAUUCGGGCCUGUGUAUAAGGGCCUGCUAGAAGAUGGAGGGGCAAUUGCUGUCAAACGACUGUCAAGAACAUCGCAUCAAGGAGUGGAAGAGUUCAAGAACGAAGUAAUCUGUAUCGCAAAACUUCAGCAUCGAAAUCUAGUGAAGCUACUAGGAUACUGCAUUCAUUCAGAAGAAAUGAUGCUGGUCUAUGAAUACUUGACAAACAAAAGUCUCGACUUAAUACUCUUCGAUCCUACGAAAAGUAUAUUACUGGACUGGCCUCGGCGCUUCAACAUUAUCAAUGGCAUUGCUCGAGGCCUAAUGUAUCUUCAUCAAGAUUCCCGCCUCCGUGUCAUCCACAGAGACCUCAAAACCAGCAAUAUAUUACUAGAUUCAGAUAUGAAUCCGAAGAUAUCAGACUUUGGUCUUGCAAGGACCUUUGGAGGAAACGAAACUGGAGCCAGCACAAACCGAGUAGUGGGAACAUAUGGGUACAUGUCACCAGAAUACGCUGGAGACGGCCUCUUCUCAGUGAAGUCGGAUGUGUUUAGCUUUGGAGUAAUAGUGCUUGAGAUAGUGAGCGGCAAGAGAAAUAGGAGAUUUUGUUACUUAGAUGAGGAGCUCAACUUCCUGGGAUAUGCGUGGAUGCUAAACAGAGAAGAGAGGUCACUGGAAUUGAUUGAUCCAUGCCUCACAAAUUUAUGCAAUGAUGUAUCGCAGCAAGUGUUGAGAUCAAUCCAUGUGGGCCUUUUAUGUGUUCAACAACACCCAGAUGAUAGGCCAACCAUGUCUUCAGUGCUACAGAUGCUGAGCAACGACGCCGUGCUUCUACCAGAACCUAAACAUCCUGGGUUUUUCAUACAAAGAGAGAUGGAGAUGCCAGAGGCUAAUUGGAGCACAGGAAGUUGUACUAACAGAAGCACAACUAGUGUACUAGAGAAAAGAGAUGAACAGAAGCAAGGAGUAGGACAAAUCAUUAUCGCUGAGAACACAGAAAUAAACAAGAAACUAACGCUUGGAACAGGAAAAAUGGAGUUGUAUUACUCUUUUGCUAUUAUCUCCAUUACCAACGCUCUCCUCAUAACUCACGCAAUGGACACACUAAAUCCCUCUCAAACACUGCGACACACAACCGGCGACACCCUGAUUUCCUCCGGAGGCACGUUCGAACUCGGCUUCUUCAACCCUGACAACUCAAACAAGUGGUACGUCGCCGUAUGGUACAGCCGAAUAGCACCGAAAACGGUGGUGUGGGUCGCCAACAGAGACAGCCCUCUCCCCGACUCCUCCGCCACUCUCACACUCACACCACUGGGCCGUCUACUUCUCCUCAAUGCUGCCAACGCUACCGUCUGGUCCACUAAUACAUCCAGCAUCCUGCACAACCCGGUCGCGCAGUUGCUUGACACUGGAAACCUCGUUGUCAGGGAUGGAAUUGGUCUUAUCGUGUGGCAGAGCUUCGACUUCCCAACUGACACUCUGCUGCCAGGGAUGAAGCUCGGUUGGAACUACGCCACCGGGAGAGAGGCCUACAUGACGUCAGCAAAGAACGGGGGAGAUCCGGCCUCAGGAGAUUUCACGUUCCGCUGUGAUCCCACCGGCUACCCGCAGAACGUUCUUAAAAACGGUGCUUCUGUGCAGUACAAGUCAGGGCCUUGGAACGGCCUCGGCUUCAGCGGCGGCCAGAACUUGAAGAAGAAUAACCUUUUCAAGUUUGAGGUGGUGAUGACCAAGGCUGAGGUUUACUAUCACUACGAGCUCCUCAACCGCUCUGUCAUAACGCGGUUUCAGUUGAGUGAGAGCGGCGUCGCCCAGAGGUUCGUGUGGAAUCAUGAAAAACAGGAAUGGGCGAUGUAUCAUACCGUGCAAGUGGAUGGCUGUGAUAUGUAUAAUUCAUGUGGCGCGCACGGUAGCUGUAACGCUGACGUUGUUCUUGAUUGUGCUUGCUUGGAAAGGUUUGUACCGAAAGAUCCUGUGGAAUGGAGUAGGCAAGAAUGGAGAAAUGGAUGCGUACGAAGUAAGCCAUUGAAUUGCAAAAGCGGGGAUGUGUUUUUGAAGUAUUCCGGGAUUAAAUUGCCUGAUACUCAGUUUUCGUGGUUCAACGCUAGUUUGAGCCUUGGAGAAUGCAACCAAGUUUGCUCCAAAAAUUGUUCUUGUAUGGCUUAUGCUAGCCUUGAUAUAAGCAGAGGACAAAAUGGAUGCCUACUUUGGUUUGGUGACCUUGUUAACAUAAGAGACAUGUCUCCUGGUUCUGGCCAGGAUAUCUACAUUAGGCUGGCUUCGUCCGAGUCAGACGAGUCAAGAGGAACGAAACGACAAGUAGUUAUUGUGACGCUGUGUCUAAUGGUUGGGGUGAUUCUGGUGUGCCUGAGCUUGUUGCUGUAUUUCCAGAUGAGGAAGAGGAUGAACCACCAAUCAUCAGAAAUAGUAUUAGGUCUCGAUGAUCAUCAGCCUGAUGAAAGUGACAAUAAGGAGCUAGAGCUACCACAAUUUGACUUGUCUAUCAUAGUUAAAGCUACUAAUGAUUUCUCCAUGGAUAACAAGCUUGGAGAGGGUGGAUUUGGGCCUGUUUAUAAGGGCGUCCUAGACGAGGGACAGGAAAUUGCUGUCAAGCGUAUGUCAAAAACUUCCCAUCAAGGAGUAGAUGAGUUCAAGAACGAAGUAAUCUGCAUUGCUAAACUUCAACAUCGAAAUCUAGUGAAGCUUCUAGGAUGGUGCGUUCAAGGAACGGAAAAGAUGCUGGUCUAUGAAUACAUGACCAACAAGAGUCUCGACUUAAUACUGUUCAAUCCUACGAGAAGCUUGUUACUUGACUGGCCGAGGCGCUUCAACAUCAUAAACGGCAUUGCUAGGGGCCUUAUGUAUCUUCAUCAAGAUUCCUGUCUUCGAGUAAUCCACAGGGACCUCAAAGCCAGCAAUAUACUACUGGAUUCUGAUAUGAACCCGAAGAUAUCAGACUUUGGCCUUGCUAGAACUUUUGGGGGGAAUGAAACCGGAGGCAACACAAGCAGAGUAGUAGGAACAUACGGCUACAUGUCCCCGGAAUACGCUGUGGAUGGCAUGUUCUCGGUGAAAUCUGAUGUGUUUAGCUUCGGAGUUAUAGUGCUUGAAAUUGUGAGCGGAAAGAGAAACAGAGGAUUUGUGCAUAGCGAUCACCGCCUCAAUCUUCUCGGGCAUGCAUGGAUGCUUUACGAAGAAGACAGGUCGAUUGAGUUGGUCGAAUCUUGUGCGAAAAAUUCAUGCGACAUAUCACAAGUAACGAGAUCAAUCCAUGUUGGUCUUUUAUGUGUUCAACAGCACCCUGAAGACAGGCCGAGCAUGUCGUCAGUGGUAAUGAUGCUGUGCAACGGCGGCGCUCUGCCUGAAGCCAAACAUCCUGGUUUCUUUACAGGAAGAGAGAUACUAAAGAGUGAAACUUCUGUUAGCACAACCACCACAAGUUCAACAAAUGCAAUCACGAUUUCCCUCGUAGAGGCCCGAUGAAUUUGCGGUACAUUUAACUUAUAAAUGUUCAAUGUGCUUGCUUUGAUCUCUUCCUGUAUGAUCGUUUUAAUGCUAUGAUUUUCAUUUGUUCGAUUGAGAUAUGGUUAUGACAAGUUUCUGCUUAUAAAUGUUAUUUUUGAGAUGUAUUUUGCAGAAAGCUUGAAGGGAUUCACUUGAAGUGAAACAGGUGUAUUACAAAACAGCCUUGUUUCACAAAAAUAGUCUCAUGUUUCUA